UUGUGUUUCCAGGAGGUCUUCUGACCGGGAAGUACCGAUAUGAAGACAAGGACAAGGAGCUGCCAACCAGUAGAUUUUUCGGAAACAGCUGGGCGGAAACCUACAGGAACAGGUAUUGGAAGAAGCAUCACUUUGAAGCCAUGGACUUGGUGCGUCGAGCUCUGGAGGAGAUGUACAGCGCCGAUGUGCGGCCGAGCCUGACCGCAGCCGCCCUGCGAUGGAUGUACCACCACUCCAAGCUGCAGGGGAGCCGCGGUGACGCCGUGAUCCUGGGGAUGUCCACCACGGAGCAGCUGUUGGACAACUUGGCCGGAGCCGAGGCGGGUCCUCUGCUGCCCCCGGUGGUCGCCGCGUUCAACAACGCCUGGAACCUGGUCGCCCACGACUGCCCCAACUACUUCCGCUAGGAGGAAUCUGCGACCGCC